GUUUUUGCACAUCUCCAAUUUUUCUGCCAUGAUCCUUCGCACGGAGCUGAAACCUCUGCGCUGCUUCUGGCACUUCCUGUUGCACGACAGCUUGGGGAGGCUGCUGUUGGGCAGCUUUCUACUGGGCAUCGUCUAUUUUGCGACAAGUUUUUUGCUGUCACUUUUACCAGGUCACAUUUCUGCAGUUCUUGGGCGUGCAGUGGCGUAUGGCGCACUUGGCGUCAGUCUCUUCCUCUACACCUCUAUACGUGGAUUUGGCAAAGUGGAUGGCUAUAUUGGCACUGGAGAGGAGUUGCAGCGCGUCUUCCGGGGCAUGCGCACGGCACAGCGAGCACCACGGCCCCCCUUCUGGGCCUAUGGAGGCAAUGUGCAAUUCAUGCCGUGGAUGGUGUACAACCUGUUCUCGGCCACAUUUCAAGCCCUGGACUUUGAGAAGCAACGCUUCACCGUAAAGGGCCUGCAGGACAAGACACAGCCUGAGAGCAAGACCAAUCCCCGAUCCAUGGAAGAUGAAGUGAUCCUGAACUUUUUUCCAAAGACGUCAUCCAGCGACUUCCCUCUGGAUGCUCCAACCAUCGUGGUGGAACCCGGAUUGACGUGUACGGCCCAGGACGUGCCCGGCUCGUCGUUUCUACGUCGCGCUGUGGAUCGAGGUUUCCGUGUGGUAGUCAUUGAACGUCGAGGCCAUGGAGCCCCGUUGCGUGCGCCGCGCUGGAAUCUCUUUGGCGACUCGGACGAUACGGAGCAGAUCUAUGAGAUGUUACAGGAGCGAUUGCCAGAUGCUGUUGGCUUCUUCUGGAUCGGCUUCUCUUCUGGAAGCAAGUUGCCUAUCGAAGCUCAGGGCAAGUUUGACGCCCGACGCGAGAAGGGCGACGGCAAAGCCCCGAGCUUUGUUGCCAUGGCAUGCAUUUGUCCUGGCUACAACCUGGAAACAUGCUUCCAGGGCUUCAAAUUUCCUUAUCGUCAGAUGUGCUUGUCGAGCACGAAAAGCAAAUUCCUCAUGGAGAACGAGGUGGUCUUACGAAAAUUCAACCCAGAAGCCUAUGAGAAAGCGAUGGAGGCUCAAGAUUUGCAAGAGCUUUUGCUUCACGUUGCACCCUUUGCUGGCUAUAGCUCAGGGAAAGAGUAUUUUGAGCACGAGAAUCCUGUGCUCUAUGCCCCUCAAGUUCGCACACCAUGUCUCAUCAUCAAUGCCAUGGACGACCCCUUGACCGUGCCAACGAAUGCUUUUGGCAAGAUGCCAGGACAAGAGGAUGGUCCUACUUUUGCUGAGAUGAUUCAGCAGUCCAGCUGUGGUCUGCUGUUGAUGACUCCUUCAGGCUGUGGGCUCCCCGAUUGGUGCAGGGGCCAUAGAACUAAUGGAGCCCAUGAAGAUUCCAGAACAGCCAGCUGCAGGUGCAAAACUUUCUUUAAAUUGGCACAUAUUGGCACUACAUCUUCACAGCCAUGGGGUUGGUGCAAUGAUGCAAACCCUAAAUCCGUUGGUUUAUCCUGAUUUUGUAUUUCUUCAAAUUGCCAUAGCUUGGUGGGACAGAGCAAGUAUCGGCAACCUUGAUGGCAAAAUCACCAUGUCAAUGAGCUGCAAUGUUGCAAGAUUGCUCCCGCCAGUUACAGGC